GCUGCUGCCUGCUGCCUGCUGCCUGCUGCCUGCUUCCGCGGGCCGGGAGCACGGAUGGAGCGGGUCUCGCACCCCACCUCGCGUCCUCCGCGCCAGUCAGAUGCAGCCAGCGCGGGCGGUCUCAGGCGGCCUCCGCCCCCCGGCAGCCGGGCGGGUGGACAGGACCCGGGGCUGCUCCAACCGUCUCGGGGCGCGCGCUGGGGUCGGCACGCGGGGCCCUGGGCUGGACGGCGGGCUCUCGGCUGCAGUGCGCAGGCGCGGGGCUCGCCCUUGCCGCUGGUCUGGGGGUGCCCAGGACUUCGUGGGACCCGCAACGGCGGCGCUCAGGGCAGCUCGGGUGCAAUGUCUGAACAGGAGCGAAUACAGGAAUGCCUGAGGAAAGAGAUAAGAUCACUUCUCAUUUCUGCCAAGGAUGGGUUGUCCCCACAGCAAUUGGAAAAGGAGUACCUUUCCAUGGUUGGCAACCACCUGCCUCUCCGAAUCCUGGGCUACAGGUCCACCAUGGAGUUGGUGCUGGACAUGCCUGAUGUGGUCAAUGUCUGUCCCUGCAGGGAUGGUACUGUAAUACUGAAAGCCAUUCCAGAUGAAUCCACCAAAGGAAUAGCAAGUUUAGUUGCAAAACAGAGGAGCAGCCACAAGGUUCGGAACUCCAUGCAGAGGGGAAGGACCAGUGUUUGCUCAGGGCCAAGCUCUCAGCGUCGAGUACCUUACCGAGGAAGAGUGCCACCUAUUCUCCCAGCUGUUGUGAAGAGUGAGUUGAAAGACCUGUUGGCGCUAUCUCCUGUCCUCCUCUCUGAUUUUGAAAAGGCAUUUGUCAAGAGAUUUGGACGGUCAUUCCAGUAUGUACAAUAUGGCUUCCUAUCUAUGUUUGAAGUGCUCAGUGCUGCCUCAGAUGUCAUUUCUGUGGAGCAGACCAGGGCAGGUUCUUUGUUGAUGCUAAAGAAGAGCUUAUCAGAGGAAAAGCAGCGAGAAUGGCCAGGAGGCAAAAUCUUUACCCAGCCAUUUAGAGUGAAACAAGGAUCAUAUCCUGCCGGGUCUCCAGUAACAAAGCUAUGCUUUCCACAGCCCACUUCAAAUGUGGAAACAUCAAAGCAAAUACUGAAUAUGGAAAAGACUUCUAAGUCAGAUGUUGAGGAGGCAUCAAGAUUGAAUCACACUGAAAAAUUAAACCAGUUGGAGAAUACAUUCAAGUCAGUUAUUGCACAAAUUGGACCUGGAGGGACUAUCAAUCCAGAACUAAAACACAAGAUAAAAUUUGUUGUGUCCAAAUUUCCAGAAGGGUUGCUUAUUUCUAAACUGCUUGGAGAGUUUGAGGUUACUUUUAAGGAGCAACUUUCACCAAAAAAUUUGGGUUUCUUAAAUGUGACAGAACUUGUUGGAGCUCUUAGUGAUAUUCUCCAUGUUGAACUGAGGGAAGGGGAGCAGGACUUACUGGUGUUUGAUGCUGACUUGAAACCUCCACCACUUGAUGGAGAUGUUUCACCAGUCAAAAAUGGCUGUUUUGUUCAAUCAGAUAAGAAAAUAGAAUCCAAAGUUUGUGUUUCCAGUCCCCCUAGAAAUUCACUGUCUACUGCUGCUACCAAGGAAACUAUAUGGAAUUGCUCUUUGAAAACCAGCAAAGAGCCAGAACAGAAGAUUUAUAAGAAGCCUAACCUGGUGGUAAAGCCUUUACAGCUGCAAGAAGAAAUUAAUAAAUCACAGCUUAAUAUGGCAGUACCAAAUCAUGACAUCCCACCAGAUGCUGUACAAGACAAGAAAUUAUGCAGACUCCCACCAUUAGAUACCAGUACACUUGUGGGGGUUUUUGUGGAAUAUAUCAUUUCUCCUAGUCAGUUCUACAUCCGAAUUUAUAGUAGAGAUUCUUCAGAGUUACUUGAAGACAUGAUGAUUGAAAUGCGGCGCUGUUACUCUAAUCAGCUGGUUUCUGACCGCUAUGCCAUGCCAGAAUAUUUUAUUCAGCCGGGACAUCUUUGUUGUGUAAGGAUUUCUGAAGAUAAGUGGUGGUACCGGGUCAUUAUCCAUAGAGUCCUCGGAAAACAUGAAGUAGAAGUGUUCUACCCAGACUUUGGGAAUAUUGGAACUGUUCAGAAGUCCUCUCUGAGGUUCCUCAAAUGUUGCUACACAAAGCUUCCAGCUCAGGCUAUCCCUUGUUCUUUGGCUUGGGUGAGACCAGUAGAGGAACACUGGACAUCCAAAGCCAAUUCGGUGUUCCAGAAGUUGUGUGGCUUGAAACCAUUGGUCGGGGUAGUGGAUGAAUAUGUGGAUGGAAUCCUUAACAUCUUUCUGUGUGACACAUCCUCAAAUGAUGAUGUCUAUUUCCAUCAUGUUUUGAGAACAGAAGGUCAUGCUAUUGUAUGUCGAGAAAAUGUCCCUUCUAAGGGCUUUAGAGAGCUCAACCCUCUAGCUUUAUACACUAAACCCAGUGCAGGACCAGAGGAUAUUGUACUGACAGAACUGGGCUAUCUGCCCCAACAGCACUAUUUCAGUGAAGACCGAGAGAUCAGUCCACAAUCAACAGUGAGUGAAUUAUAUACUCCGCAAGAUAUUGAUGAUGAAAAGUCUGUAAGUCCCCUUAAGUCAGAGUCAAAGGAGUCAAUCAGAGAUUCUGAAUUCAGUUAUUUGAAAAUCCAAAAUAACAGUGGUGACGAAGAUCCAGAGUGGUCCAUUCCAGAGCCAGAGGAUCUGAAGCAAGAAACUGAGGAUGACAUCCCCACUGGGAUGCCAUGCCUGGAGUCAGUGACCAUAGGUGAUGAUAUUUGGGAUGAGAAUUGGUUACCUUUGCAAGCUAAAAUGGGAAAGAAACCAUAUCCAUCAUGUAAAGAAAUGCCACAGGAGGAGUGGUGUUUUUCUACAUCCAAAGAUAUAUGGGACGAUUCAUGGCAACCUUCAGGCCUUGUCAAUGGAAUAAAAGUAGAAGUUCGGAAACCUGAGGGACUUGCUGCUCAUGAAAAAAAUACUGACACAAAUAGGAAUGAAAAGGAUUCCUCAGAUUUUUCUGCACUGCCCAAACUGGAAGAGUUCUAUAUCUCUCUCAUCCAGACACAGCAGAUGGCAGAAAGGAACCAGUUUGAGACUGACGACAUUAUAACUCAGCCAAAGCCAAUCUCGCUCUCCACAAGGGUAGAGCCCCCAAAGAAACACUCUGGCUCAGUGGAAAGCUCUCCAGAGAGCCUGAAGGAUGAAGAGUUUUCUAGUAGCCAUGCAGUCACAUUGUUCAAAGAUAAGAGUCAUGGAUCCAUGGACCAGCUGUCUCUGAUUCUGUCUCCUGAACAUCAGAUUUCACAGAAACUCUACAUUCCACGGAGUACAGCCACUGCUGCUUUAGGGGCUGCUGCGAGGUUAGCAACAUCCAGGAGCCUCCUGCACUGGUACCCCAGUGUGAAGAGGAUGGAGGCAUGAGAGAAAGUGGGAGGGAUGGGGGGACUGAAUUGAGAAAGAGAGAAAAAAAAAAAAAAGCCCCUACUACAAAGGGCUUGGUGAUUUCUAAAACCACAAUGAGGAAGUUUUGAAUCUAAACAGUGUUUUGAAAGUUGAUGCCUUUAUCUUUUUAUAUGACUGACUAUGUUAGCUGUAUUAUGAUAAUAGUUCUCUUUGUUGUGUAUUGAUAUUUUACGUUAAUUUUAUUGACUUUUGUUUCUUAUUCUGUAUAGUUCUGUUCACUGGUUAAUGUAGUCACUACAGUUUUGACUUUUGGUUUGUUUUUUUUUUGUGUGUGUGUGUGUGUGUGUCUGUUUCUAUAAAUAUUUUCUUGGCUACAUCAUGAUGAUAAAUGAAAACUGGAAAACUAA